UUGGCCCUAUUUUUACCAAAUUAAUGAAUUAUUCAUCUCCCUGAUGAGGUUCUUGUAUUAAAAACCAAUACAGGAUGAAUCCCGCUUAAAACUGCAGGGAGUUUCUUACACUGUUUACCAGAAACCCUCUCUAAUAUAUAUAGAUAUAUGAUCCGACCACUUCUCAAUCUCAAACCAACCAUAAACCUCUCAAUCUUGGAGACCCAUUUGCGUCAAUGCCAAAACCUCAGGCACUUCAACCAAAUCCUCUCCCAGAUGAUCUUCACUGGCUUCCUCACAGACGCAUAUGCUGCGAGCAGGCUCCUCAAGUUCUCUACUGAUUCACCCUUCAUUCGCUUUGACCACUCCCUCCACAUCUUUCACCACAUUCACAAUACAAAUUCUUUCAUGUGGAAUACCAUGAUGAGGGCAAACGUCCAGAGGAACUCUCCUCAGGAAGCUAUGUUUUUAUACAGAUUCAUGUUGGUUAACGACGUGCUUCCUGAUAAUUACACUUACCCCAUUCUAGUUCGAGGUUGUGCUUUGCGAUUGAUGGAAGUUGAAGGUAAGCAGAUGCAUAAUCAUGUUUUGAAACUGGGUUAUGAUUCGGAUGUGUAUGUGCAGAACACGUUGAUUAACAUGUAUGCUGUUUGCGGGAAUAUGGAGGAUGCGCGUAAGCUGUUUGAUGAAAGUCCAGUCUUGGACUUGGUUUCGUGGAAUUCAAUCUUAGCUGGGUAUAUUCAGAUGGAGGAUUUUGACAAGGCAAAAGAAAUUUAUGACAGGAUGCCUGAAAGGAACACAAUUGCUUCGAACUCAAUGAUUGUGUUGUCUGGUUGGAGAGGUGAUGUAAAUGAGGCUUGUAGGUUAUUCAAUGAAAUGAAGGAGAAGGAUUUGGUAUCAUGGAGUGCUUUGAUUUCUUGUUAUGAGCAAAAUAAGAUGUAUGAGGAUGCGUUGGUUACAUUUGUGAAGAUGAAUGCUAAUGGAUUUAUGGCGGAUGAGGUUGUGGUGAUCAGUGUUCUUUCUGCAUGUGCAGAAUUUAUGGAAGUAAGGUUAGGAUCAUUGAUCCAUGGUUUGGCAACAAAGAUUGGGAUCGAAUCAUAUAUUAACCUUCAAAAUGCUUUAAUUCACUUGUACUCCAAUUGUGGGGAAAUAGAAAUUGCCCAAAAGCUGUUCAAUACAGGCUAUUGUUUGGAUCAGAUAUCUUGGAAUUCUAUGAUAUCUGGAUAUUUAAGGUGUGGGUCAGUAGAAAAGGCAAGAGAAUUAUUUGAUUCCAUGCCCAAGAAGGAUGUGAUUUCGUGGAGUGCAAUGAUAUCAGGCUAUGCUCAACUAGACCGUUUCUCUGAGACAUUAGCAUUGUUUCACGAGAUGCAGCUUGAUGGAGUCAAGCCCGAUGAGAUCACUUUGGUAAGUGUGAUCUCAGCUUGCACACAUUUGGCUGCUCUUGAACAAGGAAAAUGGAUUCAUACUUAUAUAAAGAAGAACAACCUGAAGAUUAAUGUCAUCCUGGGUACAACUCUCAUAGACAUGUACAUGAAAUGUGGAUGUGUUGAAAAUGCAAUGGAGAUCUUUGAAGAGACGGAAGAAAAGGGGGUUUCUACAUGGAAUGCUGUAAUUCUUGGCUUGGCAAUGAAUGGGUUGGUGGAUAAGUCACUUGACAUGUUCACUGUGAUGAAGAAAACUGGAGUGAUGCCUAAUGAGAUAACGUAUAUGGGAAUUCUUGGGGCUUGUCGACAUAUGGGUUUAGUUGAUGAGGGACGCCAACAUUUUAAUUCCAUGAUUCAAGAACACAAGAUACAACCAAAUGUUAAGCACUACGGAUGCAUGGUUGAUCUUCUAGGACGUGCAGGCAUGCUAAAAGAAGCAGAAGAACUCAUUGAGAGUAUGCCAUUGGCACCAGAUGUUGCUACUUGGGGUGCCUUGCUUGCAGCUUGUAAGAAGCAUGGCAACCACAAACUGGGGGAGAGUAUAGGAAAAAAACUAGUUGAGCUUCAGCCUGAGCAUGAUGGAUUUCAUGUUCUAUUGUCCAAUAUAUAUGCUUCACAAGGUAAUUGGGAUAAUGUCGUUGAGGUUAGGGGGAUGAUGACGCAACAUGGAGUAUUAAAGAUCCCGGGUUGUAGCAUGAUUGAAGCAAAUGGAACAGUUCAUGAGUUCCUGGCAGGGGAUAAGAUGCAUCCGCAGAUAAAUGAGAUAGAGGAUAUGCUAGAUGAAGUGGCCAGGAAACUGAAGAUGGAAGGUUACACACCAGAGACAAAUGAGGUUUCCCUUGACAUUGAUGAAGAAGAGAAGGAAUCUUCUCUGAUUAGACAUAGUGAAAAGCUUGCGAUUGCCUUUGGGCUUAUCAAUAUUAGUCCACCCACACCAAUAAGGAUAAUGAAAAAUUUGCGAAUAUGCAAUGACUGUCACACAGCGGCAAAGUUCAUAUCUAAAGCAUUUAGCCGUGAAAUUGUGGUGAGAGAUCGACAUCGCUUUCAUCACUUUAGGCAAGGAUCUUGUUCAUGCAAGGAUUAUUGGUAGCAAAUUGUAAUAUAAAGAUGAAUCACUUCCAAAUGCUGCCUGCCUUCUUGUAGCAACUACAUUAGAAAGCUGUUAAUGAGGUAAAGGCCAUUGAGGGCGGCUGGCUGGCCUUCUUGAUUGUGAAGUACUGAGGAACCAUUUCUUCAUGCACUCACAAGAACGAUAUGAUGGUGUAUUACAACAAAGAGUUUUUUAUUACAACAUUAUGAGUCCAACGGUACCAAAA